GGGAGAUCUUUGGCGAAUUGUUGUUUUGAUCAAACGCAGUGUGGAUCCGCCAUUGCGGCUCCAUUGUGAUUCUAUCGUAUUGGUAAGAUGGCUACUAUACCUAGAACCCAUGAAGACAUAGAGGCGCAAAUUCGGGACAUCCAAUCGAGGAAGAAGGAAUUAAACGAUGAAGUAAAUGAAAAAGAUCGUGUAGGAUUGGGAGAGAGCGGAUACUACGAUCGUGAUAUUUACGAUGGCGGUGGAAACAAAUACGAUGGUUACGUCACAUCAAUUGCAGCAAAUGAUGAAGUGGAGGAUGAAGAUUAUGAUGUACCAUCUUUUAAUCAGAACAAGAGAGCAGGUUACACUGCUCCUGCUGCUUUGCUUAAUGAUGUGGCUCAGAGUGAAAAAGAUUAUGACCCUUUUGCUGACCGCAGAAGACCCACCAUAGCUGAAAAAGAGGAUGAAUAUCGCCAGAAAAGACGCCAGAUGAUCAUUUCUCCAGAACGAGUGGAUCCUUUUGCUGAAGGUGGAAAGACUCCUGAUCUGGGAUCUCGGACCUACACUGAAAUUAUGAAAGAACAGUUACUUAGAGGUGAAGAAAAUGAAUUACGGAAGAAGAUUGCUGAGAAGUCAAAAGAUGGUACGUUAAAAGUAGUGAGCAAUGGGGACAUGCCGAAGUCUGCACCCAAAAGACGGGGCAGAUGGGAUCAAACUGGAGGAGAUGAAGCUAGUGCUCCAGCAAAAAAGAAAGUUGCUGGAGGAACUUUAACAACUGGGUCAUCUUGGGACAAAGAAGACGCUACACCUGCCUCAACAAGAUGGGAUGAGACUCCAGGACACAAAGGAAGUGAAACUCCUGGAGCUACACCUGGCCAAAGCACUAGAAUAUGGGAUGCCACACCUGGUCAUGCAACACCUGGCCAUGCAACACCUGGCAGAGAAACCCCCGCGCAUGACAAAUCUGCCAGUAGACGCAAUCGAUGGGAUGAAACACCAAAAACAGAAAGGGAAACUCCUGGUCACAGUAGUGGUUGGGCUGAGACUCCUCGUACGGACCGUACUGCUGGUGAUUUAAUUCAAGAGACACCAACACCUUCUGCCAGCAAGCGUCGGAGUAGAUGGGAUGAGACUCCAUCGAGUCAAAUGACCCCUGGUGGUAUGACACCACAAACACCAGGCACUCCUCAUACACCUCAUGGCACACCCCAUGGAACGCCCCAUGCCACACCCUCUAUGAUGACUCCUAGUGGAGUUACUCCAACUGGGCAGAAAGCAAUGGCUAUGGCGACUCCCACUCCAGGUAUGAGAGUUACCCCAAGAUGGGAAAGAGAGAUAGAUGAAAGAAAUAGACCGCUUUCAGAUGAUGAACUGGAUGCAAUGUUCCCACCUGGAUAUAAAAUACUUCAGCAACCAGAUGGAUAUAUACCUAUUCGCACUCCAGCCCGAAAGCUAACAGCCACUCCUACACCCAUUGCUGGUACCCCAGCAGGAUUUUUCAUCCAAACCGAAGACAAAUCUGCAAAAUACAUGGACAACCAGCCGAAAGGUAAUCUCCCUUUCAUGAAGCCAGAAGAUGCACAAUAUUUUGACAAAUUAUUGGUGGAUGUUGAUGAAGAAAGUCUCAGUCCAGAAGAGCAAAAGGAACGCAGGAUUAUGAAGCUUCUCUUGAAGAUCAAGAAUGGUACACCACCUAUGCGUAAGGCUGCUUUACGACAAAUUACAGACAAGGCUCGUGAAUUUGGGGCUGGUCCGCUCUUUAAUCAAAUUUUACCUCUUCUAAUGUCACCGACCUUGGAAGAUCAAGAAAGACAUUUAUUAGUGAAAGUCAUUGAUCGUAUUCUUUAUAAGUUAGAUGACUUGGUUCGACCCUAUGUGCAUAAGAUACUUGUGGUUAUUGAACCUCUCCUGAUUGAUGAAGAUUACUAUGCACGUGUGGAAGGAAGAGAAAUUAUUUCUAAUUUAGCAAAAGCUGCUGGCCUUGCAACCAUGAUUUCAACAAUGCGACCUGAUAUUGAUAACAUUGAUGAAUAUGUGCGUAACACGACAGCUCGAGCUUUUGCUGUUGUUGCAUCAGCAUUGGGUAUCCCAUCGUUGUUGCCGUUCUUAAAAGCUGUGUGUCGUAGUAAAAAGUCUUGGCAAGCUCGUCACACUGGAAUAAAAAUUGUUCAACAAAUUGCCAUUCUUAUGGGAUGUGCUAUUUUGCCUCAUUUGAAGAGUUUAGUUGACAUCAUUGAACAUGGUUUGGUUGACGAGCAACAGAAAGUCCGUACCAUUACUGCUUUGGCAAUUGCUGCAUUGGCUGAAGCAGCAACUCCAUAUGGCAUUGAAAGCUUUGAUUCUGUGCUGAAACCCUUAUGGAAGGGUAUUCGUACUCAUCGUGGAAAAGGAUUGGCUGCAUUUCUAAAAGCUAUUGGCUAUUUGAUUCCUUUGAUGGAUGCUGAGUACGCUAAUUAUUAUACAAGAGAAGUGAUGCUUAUUUUGAUUCGAGAGUUUCAGUCUCCAGAUGAAGAAAUGAAAAAAAUUGUAUUGAAAGUAGUAAAACAGUGUUGUGGGACUGAUGGUGUGGAGUCACAGUAUAUUAAAGAUGAAAUUCUGCCACAUUUUUUCAAACAUUUUUGGAAUCAUAGAAUGGCAUUAGAUCGUCGUAACUACAGACAGUUGGUUGAUACUACAGUUGAAAUUGCUAAUAAAGUAGGAGCAUCAGAAAUCAUAAACAGAGUAGUGGAUGACCUGAAAGAUGAAAAUGAACAGUACCGUAAAAUGGUCAUGGAAACAAUUGAAAAAAUUAUGGGUAAUUUGGGAGCUGCAGAUAUCGAUUCUCGCCUUGAAGAACAAUUGAUAGAUGGUAUUUUGUAUGCUUUUCAAGAACAGACCACUGAGGAUGUGGUAAUGCUUAAUGGAUUUGGAACAAUUGUUAAUCAGUUGGAAGAAUAUCCUGAGGUUUUAGGCAGCAUUCUGGGAGCUCUAAAAGCUAUUGUGAAUGUCAUUGGCAUGACAAAAAUGACACCUCCUAUUAAAGAUCUUCUUCCAAGAUUAACUCCAAUUCUUAAAAACAGGCAUGAAAAGGUACAAGAAAAUUGCAUUGAUCUUGUUGGCCGUAUAGCAGAUAGAGGCCCUGAAUAUGUAUCUGCCCGUGAAUGGAUGCGCAUUUGUUUUGAAUUACUCGAAUUGCUGAAAGCACAUAAGAAAGCUAUAAGACGAGCUACUGUGAACACAUUUGGUUACAUUGCGAAAGCAAUUGGUCCCCAUGAUGUAUUGGCAACUCUGCUGAACAAUUUAAAAGUGCAAGAGAGGCAAAACAGAGUGUGCACAACCGUGGCUAUUGCAAUUGUGGCAGAGACAUGUUCUCCUUUCACUGUCUUGCCAGCUCUAAUGAAUGAAUAUAGAGUACCAGAGUUAAAUGUUCAGAAUGGUGUUUUGAAAUCCCUUUCAUUUUUAUUUGAAUACAUCGGUGAGAUGGGCAAAGAUUACAUAUAUGCUGUGACACCGCUUCUAGAAGAUGCACUAAUGGAUCGAGAUCUUGUUCAUCGGCAGACUGCGUGUGCAGCCAUUAAGCACAUGGCUUUAGGAGUAUACGGAUUUGGAUGCGAGGAUGCAUUGAUUCAUCUUCUUAAUCAUGUGUGGCCCAAUAUCUUCGAAACAUCCCCUCAUUUGGUACAAGCUUUCAUGGAUUCAAUUGAAGGUUUGCGAGUUGCGUUAGGACCAAACAAAAUUUUACAAUAUGUCCUGCAGGCAACAAAGCCCCUGAUGGGGCUGUUCCAUCCUGCUCGUAAAGUACGUGAUGUCUACUGGAAAAUUUAUAAUUCUUUAUAUAUUGGUGGACAAGAUGCCUUAGUAGCUGGUUAUCCAAGAAUUCAAAAUGACCCAAAGAAUCAAUAUAUUCGUUAUGAAUUAGACUAUAUCUUGUAAAUACAAAUGCUAAAUCCAUGGAACUUUGUAUAGUGUCAGACCUCUAGAUUAAUGCUAUGAAGUUAAUGUGUGCUUAUAGUGUCAUUCAACGGGAACAAAUUUGUCAGUGUUACCUAAAAUAAUUUCAUUACGCAUACUUUUCUUAUUCUAUUUCAUUAUGGGACGGGGGGGUUAAAUAGUUAAACACCAUAUUUUAAUAAGCUACAUGUUUGGAGACUAAUGGAAAUUGAAUAUCAUAGAUGUUCAGGCAUUGACUAGAGUUGAUGAUGGAAUCAAAUCAUCAUUGUAAAUAAGUUUGAGUUCUAGUUACAAACUAGAACUAUAUCAAUAAAAUUUAUUCUGUGAAAACAAAGCAUGUCCUGUUAUUAUCCAUUCCAAAAUAAAUUUAUAGUUUUAAUUUUAUUUCAUAGCCCAUUUGUGUGUAAUAUCUAUGAGUAUGAGGAUCGUUUUUUGAAUGAUUAUUCAAUUGUAGUAAUUUUGCACAUUGUAUCAACUUCAUUAAAGUUUUGUAUAAACAGUGCAGUGUAUCAUUACUUAAUGUCAGAUUUGCUUUAUAAUAUUUAUGCGAAUUUCUGAUCCUUUCCUCUUCAAGCAGUUAUCCUUGUGAAACAAAUGUGUGUGUGUGUGUGUGUGUGUGCGCGCGCGCACGCUUUUUUGUAUGAGUGAGUGGUUGAAGAAAAAUAAUGAAGAUUUUGUAAGAAAUUAUUAUUUUGCUUAAAUUUUGUCUAAUAUUUUCAUAUAAUAAACGUUUUGUGAAUCCU